GUGGCGAAUGUCCACAUGUGGUUGGGGCAUGGUUAGACUGUGCUGACUGAUUCAAUUGGCUAUACUUACCCCUCUGCUCCAACUUUGCUCUGAUUCGACUUCUCACCCGGUUCCGUGAACCGUCAAGCGUCAUUGAUUGCGCGUACCCACCAUAUUUAUCAGUCUAGUCACCUGUAGCCAUGAACUCGUCUCACUACCAUCACCAGUCUUCUCGCAGAACGCACAAGAAACGUUCAUCAUUGUCCAGACUGUCUUCCGACACAGUGCAGACUCUCCCAGAGUACUCGGCCCCACUCAAUUGGAGCAAACCAUUCGGCAAUUCGGCGGGUAACGAAUCCGAUAGACCACCCGACUACCCUGACAGCGAGGAGGCAGACGCAGACACGGAGGACCAAGCUGUGACCUACGUGCCGCAACGUUUUCACCUCAAUUCAUUCCAACGCACAUCUUACACACGCAGACGGAAACGCCAGCCUUUUCCUGUGCAAGCCGCCGACCCGUUUCUCGACGCGCUGCUUGAGCGCAGUGUACACGCCCUCGAGAUGUCGAAUGCUCUCAUGCAGACCUCAAUCUCUACCCAAUCCAGUCUUUCGGCGUUGCUUUCGCCUGAAGUUGGACCCGACCGUUCUCUCGAGGUUCGUGCGAGGAACCUUUCAACGCGCAUAAGGUUGAACAGCGAUGUGCACGGGACAUGGAUGACCCAUCUGGAAGAGAUAUCGAAAGGUGUGGAUGGGCUGUUUGACGAGGAGGGUGGAGACAUUAGUGCAGUCAAGCCGGAUGAUGCUGCAAUUAGCCAGAGUCUACCCACAUCAAAUAUCAGGGAUUUGCGGCAUAGGAGGAAACCGUCACUACUGGAGCUCAACGGCUCGAGUUCGAGCUCAUCACAGCUGCAAUUCUCUCACCUGAAACGUGAUGUGCUCGUUGCACCUGCCCCUAGGGCACUUACCCAGUAUAUUGAAUCAACAGCUGAUCCCUCCAUGAUACUCUUGCCCUCCACCCUGGGGUUACGGGCCUCUGGUUCAUCGCACUCGGCCGACUGGCAGGACCACACUUUUACUUCACAGCAGGAACUGCAGUCUUCACAGUCAUUGCCUCUUUUGUCAGGGCAGCCGCAGGUGGUACCAACUCCAGCAUACAAUUUCCUCUCCAACAUAGUGAAACGUUCAGAGUCAGCCACGCCUCCACCAUCCACUACAUCAUCCCCUCAUGCUUUCGUAUCACGGCGUGGAUCAACGAGCACAUGCAGCACUGAUCGAGGAUCAAAGUUAUCUAUGUCCCCUUCCUCGGUACGGAGGAAACAAGCAUCUCCUGAUCGCAGUCGCAAGCCAGAGUCUGCAACACGAUCUCGUUCUACGACGCCCAGGCGACCAUCCCCUCCUCCCCGCAUAAUGACUCCACCCAUCGAGGAGCUUUCCGCUGGCUCUUCUGAUUCAUCCGAUCAGCCUACUGGCUACCGCGCAGUUAAAUCCCUCCGUAAAAUCCUUGACGAACAAGCUUCUUCCAUCUCCGUCAACUCCCUUCGAAAAGAGCCUAAAAAGACUCGCUCACCCACGUUCAUGCCUGUCACGCCUGCGCCCGCCCCAAUUGCUUCCACAUCCACCGCCACCGCCUCCAUAUCCCGUCUUUUCACGAAAGGCAGACAUUCAUCCUCCACACGUCCCCCUUCCCCACCUACGCAUUCCUCCCUGAAGGUGCGCUCUGUGCCUCCGACACCUCGUUCAUCGCCGAGCACAGGCAGUCUCUCAGAGAUGUUUGGAAACGGGGUGGCCAAAGUCCUCGGGAGUGAUCCCCCGUCAGGCGUGUCGACGCCCAAGCGCAUCAGCUUUGCAGAGCUCCCAGAGUCAUAUGCGGGCACACGUCCAGGGCCUUCGAAGCUUUCGGAGAAGCGGAAGAAUAAGAGCCGCAAGCGCAAGGGGAAAGACAAGGAAGAGGGGGAGACACGUGGGUGGCUAGAGGCGUUGUUCAAUGUGGGACCUGCGAGAUCUGGACGGAUGGAGGAGCGUAUGGAGGAACGCAUGGCACGAGGCUGGAGUCGGCCUGGAGGUGGAACGUUGGAUGAUUGGGCAGUAUAAAGUUCGUGUCGCGGUCGGAACGGCCAGGAUAAUUUAUGGGGGUGUAUAUGAAUGUGUUUUUAUUUCCCUUUUCUCUCUCUAAUUUGCUUUCGCGCGGUAUUUUUACGACGAUGUCAUGACUGUUACCGCGUACAUUUCUUACACGUCCACUGACCUUUUAACAUAACUAUACACUGUUCAUAUCCUCUCAUGACACGUACUACAUUCUCGUGUACUUUGAGUAG